UUAGAAAGAAAGAAAGAAAGAAUGGCGAGCUUAAGGUUGAGCACAGUUGUUGCUACUGCAGUAGUCGUUUGUCUCUCCAUCCUCCUCAUAUCUCCUACAGAAGUGAAUGGGUGGGGAGUAUGUGAAUACCGGUUGGGUUUAUGUAGUACUGCGGCCAAGAGCUCUACUUGCGAUGAACCAUGCAAGGCAUUGGACAGCAAGUAUCAUGGAGGCGAAUGCUUAAAUGUCGGUAGUGGUAAAGGGAUAUGUUGGUGCUGCCAUGAUUAUGCUUCAAAGAGCGGUGCUAAAAUGGAAAGCAUGUGAUUGCAGAUGAUAUGCGCGAGUGUGUUUGGCGAUUUGCAUGAUUUCAUUUCCGAUCUAUAUGUAUGAGUGUGUUUCCGUUCUACUUUGUAUUGCGUUAAAACAAAUAAGUUCCCUUACUUCCAUAUAAUCACUAAGGAGUAAACCUACAACAUCA